AUGUCCCCUUUGGACCGCUUUACCGGGCCCCCGGAUACCCGCACCGCGAUGGAGGACAACCCGACCCUGCUGGUGAGUUGGUGGGCUACUAUGUUCUCAUUCGUGAUCAUCGUGACGCGCAUCUGCGGCCGCUACGUCCGCAUCGAGCGUCUAUUUCCCGAGGACAAGGUGAUGAUGAUCAGCGUCAUCCCGCUGAUAGUGCGAAUGGCCUUGGUGCAUCUGGUUCUGAAGUGGGGCACCAACAACACCAAGACAGAGGGAUUGACGGAGGAGGAUAUCCGACUGCGCGAACUCGGUAGUCGAAUGGUGCUGGCUUCCCGUAUAUUCUAUGCUAUCUUUAUCUGGACAGCCAAGCUCACCGUCUGCGAGUUUUUGAAACGGCUGACCUGGAUGAUCUGGCGACGGUCGAUCCAGCGCUUCCUCCAAUUCCUCUACUACUUCCUGGUCUGCACCUUGAUCGCCGUGGUGAUCGCCACGCUGGCCGAAUGCCAGCCGUUCGACCACUACUGGCAGGUCGUGCCGGACCCGGGACCCCACUGCCGGUCGGGCUAUGCCAACCUCAUCACCAUGGGCGCCUGCGACGUGAUUACCGAUCUCCUCCUGGUGGCCUUUCCCAUCCCGCUGAUUCUCAGAAGCCACAUGACGGCGCAGCGGAAGCUCUCGCUGGUGGUCCUGUUCGCCCUGUCGCUGAUCCUCGUCGGCAUCACCUGCUACCGGGUGCCGUCUGUGAUCAAGCACGACGGGUCGCAGCAGUAUCGCUCGCUGCUGGCGUCCCUGGAGAUCCUGGCCGCGACAGCCGUAGCCAACGCGGUCGUCAUCGGCUCGUUCGUGCGGGAUCGCGGCAUCAAAAAGACCAAAUUCAAGAAGUCCGACGGCUCCGCGUCGGUCAGCGAAAGCAUGGGCCUCAGCUCCUCCCGCCGCGCAACCAUCUCCCACCACCAAUGGGGCAGCGACGACGACCUCGCGGGCGACCUAGGCAUGCGUCUGGAUCCGAAACUGUGUUCCUCAGAUCACAGGCUCCCGCGGGUAGCACCCGUGGCAGGCGCCUACGUACCACCUCGACCGCACGGCGUCAGCUCGAGAUGGCACUUCCCGGGCGAGCAACCCGGUCCAGACGACGAGGACGCCGACGACCGCACCUCGACCACCGGCAGCCUGGACAUGAAAGUACAUCCUCACGAGUACCUCCCAACGAACAAGCCGCCCCGCAACCCCUCACGCAAGCCCUCGCGCAAGCAAUCCAGAGACUCCAGCAUCUCACCACGACACCUUUCCCUCGUCGACAUCAGCAGCGGAACAAGCCAGACCUUCACCGCCACCGCCACAGCACAACAACACCUCCAAUUCACCCAGCGAUACCCACUUCCUCCCCCCCAGUCUUAUUCACCGACGAGUCCCCUCGAAGAAGGAGGAGUCCCCCUCCAAGACGUGGGGGGCCUACUCUCCGCCCCACCUACUCAGUCCUCCGCACCCAGUCGCCCUCGCAGAUCGAGCCCAGCACAAUGGCGCAGACCGAGUGUGCAUUUUGGCGAUCCGCCAGACUACGUUUCUGCUGCUGCUUAUCGGCCGUCGUCGGAUGUGCCGGUGCCGCCUAUCCCUGAGGGGGUGUAUGAGGUUGAGCUGCGGGAUGUAGGGGGGUUGUUGGAGAGGUCUUCCUGA